AUGCCGGGCUUCAUGGACGGUGAAGGUGCUAAAGCUCGUCAGGUGGCCAUAAGAAAGAUUCUCGACGACAAGCAGUUUGGCGAAGACCCAGGGAAGAAUUGGAGCGAAUCGGAGAGCAGCGACGACGACAACGGGAAGGACGCUCCGAUGUCAAGUGGCAGCAGCAAUAAUGUGUCGGUAGAGGAGAGUACAGCUCCGUCGGACAUAGGCUCACAGGAGUCCGGAGAUGUCGAGUCCGGAGAUGUCGAGUCCGGAGAUAUCGUGUUCGCAAAGGAAAUACGGGAAGCAACAUUCGGGGGAGGGGGAGCGGGCAGAAAAAAAAAACAUGGCAAGCGGAAGGCGAGCGCCGGCGGCAGCGCCGUAGGGAACAUGAACUCAACAAAGGCAAGCCUAGGAGCGAGUGCCAAGAAAGCCCGGGGCAAGGACUACCCGCUCUGGGCCGCACAUCUGCUGAGGAGGACAUGCGCGCACCGCAAGAUCCCGAGGAUGUCGAAGGAGGGCGACAAGCAUGUCCUGGUGCAGGCCCUCCGAUCUCACGACGGCAACAUGAACCGGCCAUGUCCGUACUAUGACGACCUCAAUGCUAUCACAGCCGGCAAAUCUGGACGCAGAAACGGGGAGGAGGACGAGGAGGAGGGAGCCAUUCCUGCCAAAGCACUCCUUACGUUUCGAAAUGUUGUCGGGAUGGUCGCCAUAGCACGUGACAGUAACGUGCCGUUUCAAGUCGAUAAUGUGGAGUACAGUGUGGCGGACCUUUACGACGCCCUGGCCAAGGAAGACGAAGCGGGAAAGGGGGAUUCUGCGGGCGGGAGUACUCCCACUGGUGGUUCAUCGACGGGUGGUGCAGCCGGACCGGACGGGGAUGGUUCCGUCGGAGGGAGCGGCAGCAACACGGAGCGCAAGGGCCCACACUGCAUGAUGCGGCUCGUUGGGAUCCUGUGCGAAGACGCCAUCCGCCCACUUCUCAUAGAGAGCCGCUUGCAGGCGACCCGGCAGGACCUGGACACCUCAUCAGUCGGGCCGCGGAACGAAUUGUGGACAGAGGUCACCGCGCGCUUCCGAGACCCUGACCACCAGGUGAGAAAAAUCGUGGACGACGAGCAAGUGUCUCACGUCGAC